UUGGGAACCCCAAAGGCCCGAACCCAGACCACAUCCGAUUGCUUAAACGCCUAAGACAAAUGAAAACAACAUGGACCCACUCUGAUGUCAAGUCUGAACCACCCUCUAUUUUCGUUUCUCAGAUUUGGUAAUUACCAAUUUCUUUGUUCAGCUUCUAUCCAAAUCGAUCCUCAAAAUUCAAUAUAUAUCAGAUUCAUUGACCCUUUAAUUGGGAUUGACUAUUGACCAUCAAUUCAUCAUCUUGGCUGCAAUCUAAUACUGCUAGUUAUCGAUAAUCAUCUUCAAGAAGCUGCUAUGGCGGUUACUUCGGCUUGCAAUCCGCAGCUCCUUCUUUCACAUAAAUUCCCCGAGACAACAUAUACUUAUACUGAGAGAGAUGUAGCUGUCUAUGCUUUGGGUGUUGGAGCAUGUGGUGGAAACGCUGUUGAUACUGAUGAACUUAAAUAUGGUUACCAUGAAAAUGGACAGCAGUUUAUCAAGGUUUUGCCAACAUUUUCUGCAAUAUUUACACUUGAAUCUAUGCCACAAGAUAUGGAUCUGCCUGGCUUGACAUUUGAUCCAAGUCUUCUGUUGCAUGGACAACAAUACAUAGAAGUAUACAAGCCACUUCCUUCAAAUGGCACUAUACAUAAUAAAAUAAGUCUUGCAGGAUUGCAUGAUAAAGGUAAAGCAGCAGUACUUGAGAUUGAAACCAGAAGUUAUGAGAAAGAGUCUGGUGAACUAUUGAGCAUGAAUCGGUCAAGCAUCUUUUUGCGGGGUGCUGGUGGCUUCUCAGAUCCAUCUCAUCCCUUUACAUACUCAAACUAUCCAGCAAACCAGGCUUCAGCUUUGAGAAUCCCACAAAGUCAACCUUUUGCGGUAUUUGAGGAUUGUAGCCGACCUUCUCAGGCAUUGUUGUAUAGGUUAUCUGGUGAUUAUAAUCCUCUGCAUUCAGAUCCUAUGGUUGCAAAAGUUGCAGGAUUCUCGCGGCCAAUUUUGCAUGGAUUGUGCACCCUUGGGUUUGCAGUUCGGGCAAUCAUCAAAUGUAUUUGCAGGGGAGAUCCAGACAUGAUCAAAAACAUAUCUGGACGAUUUCUUUUACAUGUGUAUCCUGGUGAAACAUUGGUUACUGAGAUGUGGCUCGAAGGCAUGAGGUACAAUUUCGUUCGGAAUAUUGUAAUCUUUCUUCCGAGGUCAUAUAUCGGGUAAAGGCGAAAGAAAGAAAUCGAGCUGUGCUGUCUGGCUAUGUUGACCUCCAUCGUUUAGCAGCUUCACUAUAAAUGAACAUGAGAUCUGAAUAAUUUGAACGCAUUUACUUUCUUAAUAUAUUUGGAGGGAAAAUUAUUGUAUCAGAGUUGUGUAACUAAUUCUCCAAACCUCAUGAGUAGGGAGACUGCGGGCUGCCUAAUGGGAAAUCUGAAAAUCAGGUAGAAAUUCCGAAACUUUGAACAUGUCAUCAUAGACUGUUGAUCCACAAAGACGUAAUAAUACAAGCCAGUUCUUUAUGUUUGCCA